UAGUCAGUUGUUUCAAGGUUCUCGCGUUUUUAUCUCUUCACAGCAGCAGAUAAAGAUGAGGCUUCUAUUGCUAGUAUUGUUGGUAGUGACGCUAACUGAUGGAAGAAAGAAGAAAAGAGAUCGAGGGAGAAAAUAUUCUCAAGGUGAUAAAGAUAAAGAUUUGGGAGAAGAUGAAAUGCCGGACCUUAAAGAUGGGAGGAGUGAAGGGGUCAUCUUCGAAUACGGGAAAUAUGAGUACAUGAGUGUGGCACACCACGUUGGUGUAUACGAAGCAGAGGAGGCUUGUAAAAUGUGGGGCGGGGACCUGGCCUCUAUACACAGUGUACAUGAAAACAUUGCUAUCAAGGAUCACAUCAGGUCAAGGUAUGCUUGGAUAGGAGUAACUGAUAAAGAUCGUGAAGGAAGUUACAAAAACUUGGAUGGUACAGAAGUAAACUUCAGCUCUUACGCAAGGGGGCAGCCUAACAAUUACAAGAACGAGGAUUACACCAUUGUAAAAGAUAACGGGGCUUGGUACGACUCAGGACCUCCCAGAAUGGAUCACCCCUUCGGACCGCAACACGGCUACAUUUGUAAGAGGACUAGGGUGGAAGUGCUAGUACCGGAGGAGUUCUCCUGUUUCGAGAACCUGCGCUACUGGAACAUCCACGACUGUAGCAAUAAGGCAGUAAGUACGUGGGGUACCUACAAAACAAUAACGAGCGGAUCAGAGCGUCUCCCAGAGUUUUGUACAGCUGCUUACAAUUCUACUCUUUCUAGAGGAAAGGAGCUGCCAGAGACUAGCACUUACAUCUUCAAGAUGACACUUGAGAGUUUGGCAGGAUUCAUGAACAGCAAUAAUAGAGGACACGUGGGCGUAGCCUUCAAUAUCAGGGAUGAGAACCACUACGACUUCAUCUACUUCAGAGUGAACACACCCCGGCACUGUUACUCUACUGGCUACAAGGACGGAGCGACAGUGCAGGUCACAUCUACUGGCUCCUGUACAGAUAUCUCUAUUAAUGGACAGGACGAUCUUAUCAUACACGUCAUAGUCAAAGGGCACAAUAUUCAGAUAAAAGCUGACGGAUUGUUAGUUAAGCAGUUCACCUCUAGAUUUCCAGGAAGAAACAGUGCAGCGGCUCUUACCAGGAACGGAAAGUACUACAAAGGAAACACAGUUGGGUUCAAGAAUACCAUGGUUUGUCAGGCUGUACAGUGUCAUAUUGAGGUGGAGGGGGGAGGAGCUGUUGAGCUGGAGUGGGAGGAAACUAUUCGCACUAAGAAGUGUGAGACGUGUCGCUGUAUGAAGUUUGGUCAGUUGGAUUGUAAGUGCGAUGAGCAGGCAGAUGUAGUGUGUGCUGCAGGCCAGGUAGCCAGCUACGAUAAGGAAUGUUGCAAGAAGUGCAUUCCCAAACCCGCUACUUGUGUUAUUACCGGAGAUCCGCACUACUUCACAUUUGAUAAAAUAUGGCACCACUUCCAGGGUGUAUGCAAGUAUGUGUUGGUAAAAACAGCUGAUUUUGAAGUUCACCAUGGUAACGAGGUACGGCAUGGCAACGCUGCAGUCACAUGGACUAAAGAAGUGAUGAUCUGGUUUAAAGACAGCGAGUACAGCAUUAAAAAGGGACAUCUCUUCUCCAUAAAUGAAAUACAAAAAGUAGUUCCUUACCGGAAAGUAUUCCCGGACGGAUACACUGUCGAUGUUAAAAAGAUUGGCGCUCACACUUACUUCAAAAUACACAAGGAGGGUUCUGAUCUCAUGACACUGAAGUUUGACGGUAAUCACAGAAUAGAAAUAGAACUAGAGGGACUAUACAAGGGCACCACUCAAGGUUUGUGUGGGACCUGGAACGAUAACAAGCAGGACGAGUACCAGACAAGAGAAGGAGCGCUCACAGACGACCUUAAUCAGUUCGGGAACAGUUGGAAGGAAAAAGACGAGGAGUUUUGUCCGGACCCACCUCCCCCUCCCCACGUGUGUGAUGACCAACCUGAACUAUGGGACAUUGCACGUGACGUUUGCUCCAAACUCAACGAGACGAUGUUCUCCUCUUGUCACUCUGUUGUGGAUAGAUCUGGUUUCUAUGAGGCAUGUCUGGUAGAUGUCUGCAUGUGUAUGGGAGACAGGCACUGCGGCUGUGCGACUGUGGCUUCUUAUGCUGACCAGUGCAGUGAGAGAGGCAUCAGCGUCAACUGGAGAACUGCUCAAUUCUGUCCCCUGCCAUGUGACAAUGAUUUCCAGUUUAACCACUGCGGAUCAGAAUGUGCAGCUACAUGCUCCGACCCUGAUCCUGACUGUGAUAGAAGUGUUUGUGUGGAAGGAUGUUUUUGCCCCCCUGGUAAGGUGUUCUUUGAUAACGCGUGUAUUGAACCUAAAGACUGUGUUUGCACGUGGGAAGGAGAAAUAAGAGAUAUUGGUGAUGUGUGGGAUAACCAGGAGACUUGUAAAACAUGCACGUGUGUAGAUGCAGGUAAUAUAAUCUGCAAUAACACUAUUUGUGAGGAGUGUCCAGAGGGACAUGUACCUAUAGUGAUCGAUGAAGAAGAAUGUUGUCCCACCUGUGUUACAAACUGGUUAAUAGCAGUAGAUGAUAAGUUGGACUUCAAACGGAAAGUGGGGGACUCAGUAACGUUCGGGGUCGAGAUACAUUUACCAGUAGACAUCCCGGCAGAGAGACUAAAAUGGGAAAAGAGGAGACAAGAGAACUUCUUACAGACUAAGAAAUACGAUAUAUCAGAGGACAGGACACAGCUCACUGUCAACGAUUUGACACUGCAAGAUGAAGGGAUCUACAGACUGCGAGCCUGUAUUGAUAAGGAAAACACAGUCUGUGGGAGUCUGGAGUUCAGACUGAGUGUUAAAAACGACAUUAUUAUCGCUGUUGACCCGGAUCAAACUGUAUCAGAGCUGGAGACGGUUACAUUUGGAGUAGUUAUAGUCGGUGUAGAGCCUGAACCGGGUUGGAACCAGCUGAUGUGGUUACACGAGGAUAAGGAACUGUUGCCUCCCUCAACUAAUAGAAUUCUAGCAAAGAACUCUCGCAGGAACCUCACAAUAACUAAUGUAGUCAAGGCAGACCAGGGUAACUACAGAUGCGGGUUGACACUAUCUGACGGUAGUUAUCACAGUGCAGACUUCAUACUGACUGUAGACGAGGGAGAUACGGAAAAUAUACUAGUUGCUGUUCAGACACCAGUAACUGCAAUGCAUAGCAGCUCAGUUACCUUAGCGGUAAAGACAAGCAUUAAAAAUGUGCCACCCACCUCUUUUACUUGGAUCAGAAACAACGCUUAUAUCGACUCUGUCAACGACCCUAAAUACUCGUUUGUUAACUACAGAAAAGGUUUGGUAAUAAGAGACGUAAAGGAGUCCGACACUGGUGUUUAUACUGCGCAGAUGAUGUACGGUAAAAUACACGUCCGAGCUGACAUUCACCUUCGUAUCAACAGUGCUGAGGUGGAUAUUCGAGCGGAGAACAGCCCCUUAAAGACAGUGGUCGGACAAACCGCUCACUUUUUAGUUACAAUUGACAGUGUUCAAACCGUCCCCUGGAGGAGCGUAGAGUGGUACAAGAUAUCUAGUGACGGAGAGAGCAGAGAGAAGAAGUUAACACCCCCGUCAGGGAGGUACAAGACACCGGACAGCAGGCGGAAACUGGUCAUACAAGCUGUUCAGAAGUCUGAUGAAGGUUUUUACGAAGUGGAGGUGAAUCACAAAGGAUCUGUUGUCAAGGCAACAGUAGAACUGCAGGUGCUAGAAAGCAAAUGGGUCAAUUCUCAGUAGUGCCUUAUAUGGACAUCACGUGUAGUGCCUUAUAUGGACAUCACGUGGAGUACUGAUCGGGAACGAUGUAAAAUUACAAUCUAUAAUAAGAGGGCUUUUAAAUUUUGAUGAAGAUUAACUCUUGCUUUUGAAUUGAUAUUUUCAGAUUGAAAUUGUGACCUUUGAUUUCAUUUGUGUUUUGAAUGGGCAUAAUCGAACUGGUAAUAAUUGGACUGGUAAUAAUUGAACUGGUAAUAAUCGAACUGGUAAUAAUCGAACUGGUAAUGCAAUGAUGAUUUGAACCACUUUAUUAUGUAUGAUUGAAUUAUUAGCAUGUUAAUGUACCAUUCUGCAAUUAAUAAAGUUUAAAAA